CUCUGCCUACCGCGGCGCUCAGCCCUUUGCCGGGUCCCGCGUUCCAGCGCGAGCAGGCAAAGGUCGCAGGCAUGGAAGGUGGCCUGGGACGCGCCGUGUGCGUACUAACCGGGGCCUCCCGCGGCUUCGGCCGGGCGCUCGCCCCGCUCCUGGCCCCUCUGCUGUCACCGGGCUCGGUGCUGGUCAUCAGCGCCCGCAGCGACGAAGCACUGCGACAGCUGGAAGCCGAGCUGAACGCGGACAGGCCGAGUCUGCGCGUGGAGCGCGUGCCCGCCGACCUGGGCACCGAGGCCGGCUUGCAGCAGCUGCUUGGCGCUCUGGGGAAGCUCGUCAGACCGGAGGGGCUGCAGCGCCUGCUGCUCAUCAACAACGCGGGUACUCUUGGGGAUGUGUCCAGAGGCUUUGUGGACCUGGGCGACCCAGCUGAAGUCAACAACUACUGGGCUCUGAACUUGACCUCUGCACUCUGCCUGACAUCCAGCAUCCUGAAGGCCUUCCGGGACAGUCCUGGCCUCAGCAAGACUGUGAUUAACAUCUCUUCCCUCUGUGCUCUGCAGCCUUUUAAGGGCUGGGCACUCUACUGUGCAGGGAAGGCUGCCCGUGACAUGAUGUUCCAGGUCCUGGCUACAGAAGAACCUAGUGUGAGGGUGCUGAGCUAUGCCCCAGGUCCACUGGACACAGACAUGCAGCAUGUGGCCCGGGAGACCUCUGUGGACCCAGAAUUACGAAAAAAACUGCAGGAGCUGAAGACAAAGGGGGAGCUGGUGGACUGUAGAAUGUCAGCCCAGAAACUGCUGAGCUUGCUGCAGAAGGACACCUUCAAGUCUGGUGCCCAUAUUGACUACUACGAUGAAUAAGCUCAUGUUCUUGGCUCCUGGGCCUUUCAUCCCUCUCUUUCAGACACACCUGUGCCCCCCACAUCCAGCCACACUGCCAGAUCUACCUUUCCCAGAUGAGCACUUGAGCCUCCAGGCCCAGCCAGCUUUGAGGCCCUCGACCCCCAGAGUCCCAGUCCUCAGGAGUCUGUGUGGAGCACCCUGAAUUAGGGAGAGGCCUAGGAGAGGCCUCUCAGAAAUAGAGUUUCAGGGGAGGGUAAAGCAGGACAAGAUGGUGGGACACUGAAAAGAGGAGAUUGGGUCUCCUAACUUGGGCCAGUUAAUGGGAAGAUGAGGGGUGAACUGGCACCACAUAGGAGGCUCCUGCAGGACCACAGGUGGGUGACCGGUGGGGAGGGAGAAUAGCGUAAGCUCUGUCCCACAGGGAUGCCCCUGGCUCAGGGUAACCAAACCUGUUGAACUUCAUGUAUUCAUUCUGAUUUCCUGGAGCAGCUACCACCUGUCCUCAGACAGAGGUUUUCUUAAAGGCAGAAACAAAUAAAGUGAU